AUGAGAGCCCUUGUCUAUGAUAGCCUCAACUCAGUAUCCUUGCGGGAAAAACCGCUUCCAUCAUUAGCAUCCCCCACCGAUGCCAUUGUUAAAGUCACUAAAACCACUAUUUGCGGUACAGACCUUCACAUCCGCAAAGGCGACGUUGCAACCUGCCAACCAGGAAGAACUCUGGGCCAUGAGGGCGUUGGAAUCAUCCAUUCCACUGGAACCUCGGUAUCCCGCUUCAAACAAGGCGACCGCGUCCUGAUCUCUUGCAUCUCCAGUUGCGCGACUUGCGAGUACUGCCGCAGGGGGAUGUACAGCCACUGCACGUCGGGGGGAUGGAUCCUCGGAAACACCAUUGAUGGCACCCAGGCCGAGUACGUCCGUAUUCCCCAUGCCGAAUCAAGCCUCCAUCUGAUCCCUGACGGUGCUGACGACGCGGCGUUGGUGAUGCUGAGCGACAUCUUCCCCACCGGCCUCGAAUGCGGUGUACUCAAUGGAAAGGUGCAGCCCGGCGGCACGGUAGUCAUUGUGGGCUCCGGACCCGUUGGACUGGCGGCCAUCAUCACCGCACAGAUGUACUCGCCGUCUCAGGUCAUUGCUAUCGACUUGGAUGCCAAGAGGCUCGAGGUGGCGCGGCAGUUUGGCGCAACCGACACGAUCAACAGCGCGGAGGCCGAUGCUGUUGCCAAGGUCAAGGCCUUGACGGAGGGAAAAGGUGCUGAUUCCGUCAUUGAAGCAGUCGGAAUCCCAGCCACUUUUGAUCUCUGCCAGAGCUUGCUUGCCCCUGGUGGUGUCUUGGCCAACGUGGGUGUGCACGGAACCAAGGUGGACCUCCAUCUCCAGAAUCUUUGGGACAAGAACAUCGCAAUCACGACCAGACUUGUGGACACCGCCACAACGCCCAUGCUGUUGAAGUUGGUCCAGUCUGGAAAGUUGAAGCCUUCGCUAUUGAUUACCCACCGCUUCAAACUAGGUGACAUGGAAAAGGCUUACGAGACAUUUGGCGAAGCUUCUAAGCACGGGGCCUUGAAGGUCGUCAUUGAUGUCGACUAA